AUGAAGAUUCUCUCAUGGAAUGUUAGGGGGUUGGGGAGGAAGGAGAAGAGAAGCAAAAUUAAGAAGAUUGUGAGGGAGAGACAAGUAGAUAUUGCCCUGUUCCAAGAGACAAAGAAAGCAGAAUUAUCUGAGGAAGUUGUCAGAUCAGUUUGGGCAAAGGAAAAAAUGGAGUAUAUGGGGGUGGAUGCCGAAGGCUCUGCAGGGGGUUUGCUGUGUAUCUGGGAUCCUGAUAUAUUCCAAAUUAAGGAGUGUUGCAGCAACAGAAGGUUCAUAUUGUUAUCAGGUGCUAUCCUUAACCAUUUUCAUUGUGCUAUUUUGAACAUUUAUGCUCCUAAUGAUGUGGGACCUAGAGGGAAUCUGUGGCAGAGCUUGUUGAAGCUAAAAGAGGAAUUUCUGAACCCAUGGUGUUUAGGGGGGGAUUUUAAUGAGAUUAGACAGAUUGGGGAAAGGAAAGGGUGUUCGAGGAGAGAUAGAGGAAUGAAAGAUUUUAACGAGUUUAUUGACAAGUGUGAGGUAUCUGAAUUACCUUUACUUGGGAGAAGGUUCACGUGGUGCAACUCUAGUCUUGGUGAGAAAUGGAGCAAAAUAGAUAGAAUUUUUGUAGACCCAAAAUGGAUUGAGGUAUUUAAUUUUAAGCUGUGGGGUCUCCCUAGACUGCUCUCUGAUCACUGUCCACUGCUGUUAAUGGAGGAUGAGAGAGAUUGGGGUCCAAAACCCUUUAGGGUAUUAAACGCCUGGUUUCUACACAAAGAUUUUCGUAAGUUUUGGGAGUUGAGUUGGAGAGAGCCUGGGGUUGUAGGCUGGGCUGGUUUCAUUCUGUCUCAAAAAUUGAAGAGAUUGAAAGGUAGACUUAGAAGUUGGAACUGGGAGGUAUUUGGCAAUGUUCAAAAUAAGCUAAAGACAGCAGAGGGUGAACUCCAUAAUUUUGAUAUCUUGGCUGAAGAUAGAGAACUUGAUGGGGCCGAAAGUUAG